AUGUCUGCCUCAGCCCCAUCUCCCCCCAGCUCUCCACCGUACUCCCAGCAGCCGCCUUUCGGUCUGCCUGCCCCUCUCGACAAAGAUGGAGAUGCCGAGAGCGAGUAUGACGAGACGCUCAUGUCUUGUUUCGGCACCAUCUCCAUCUCCAGCGUCGCUACUCCUGAGAGGAGCAUUGCUGGUGCCCAGAAGGACUAUCCAGGCCCCCAUUUCAGCUCUCGAGCCACCACGGGCCCGGACGCUGGACCUCUUAUCGACAGAUUCUCGUGUUUGUUCAAGAACCAGUAUGAUGCAGACACCAAUCCGCACGGUAUUGUAUCUUUGGGGGUCGCCGAGAACUUUUUGAUGCAGCAAGAGUGUUUCGAGAUCUUCACCAGCGCUCUCAAAAACAUGACACCCCUCGACCUCUCUUAUGGCGAUUCACUCUGGGGAAGCAGGCGGAUCAACAAGGCCUUGAGUGGCUUCUUGAAUGACUACUUUCAUCCUGUCACGGAAAUCAAGCCUGACCACCUCAUCACCGGGGUCGGAUGCUCGGCUGUCCUUGAUCAGCUCUUCUACACGCUUCUGGAUGAGGGCGAUGCUAUAUUGGUUGCUGCACCCUACUAUACAGGAUUCGACAGAGACCUGAUCAGCCGCGGCAAAGUCAAGCUCAUUCCAAUCCACCUUCCUAUUGAAAGAACUUUCACUCCUGAAGGGCUCGAAUUAUUUGAAGCCAAAUACGAAGAGCUCAAGAAGGAAGGCACCAGAGUUCGUGCCGUGAUUGUCUGCAAUCCACAAAACCCCAUGGGCCGACCAUACCCCCGCGAGACUCUUCUGGCUUACGCAAGGUUCUGUGAGGAGAAGGAUCUGCACUUGGUAUCUGAUGAGAUUUACGGGAUGAGUGUGUAUGAGAACGCGAAGUACCCGGGGGCUGUUCCCUUUACUAGUUUCUUGUCUCUGGACUCGGACAAAGAGCUUCCUGGUAUCACCUUUGAGAAAGCCAGACUCCACGUGGUCUAUGGCAUGGGCAAAGAUUUCUGUGCCAACGGUUUCCGGAUCGGCGCCCUCAUCACCCCUGCCAACCCCACUCUCAUCCGUACCAUGGCCAACACUUCUAAGCUCAUGAAGCUCUCCUCCCCUGCAGACAUCAUCUGGUCGUCUCUUCUUAACGACAAGAAGACUUUGAGCAACUUUCUCAAGACGAACAAGGAGAGGCUCGGAGAGGCACAGGCGUUUGUGAGAAAUUGGUUUGAGGAGAGGGGAGUGGUCGUCGCGGACAGCAAUGCAGGCAACUUUGUAUGGGUCAACAUUGGCGAGAGACUUGGCGGUAUUGACAUCGCUACUGAAAAGAACAUCUUCCAGAAACUUCUCGACUCUGGCGUUUAUAUCGGCCCGGGAACGGCGUACCACUAUGAUGUUCCGGGGUGGUAUCGCAUCACGUUCUCGGUGGCUAGAAAGAAUCUGUUGACGGGAUUGGAAAGGAUUGAGCGGAUCUUGGGCUUUCAACCCCUCAAAAAGUAG